UGAGGCUGGUGAGUUGAUGAGUGGCAGCGUUAACCUUAACAUCCAUCCAAAGAGUAAAGAAAUAUUUAUGAUUAGAAUUUAGAAGAGAAGAGAGCCCAGCCCAUUAACAUAAUUUAGCUGAAGUAGUCCUCCGGUCGUCUUGUGUUGAUGCCCUAGGCUCCUUCUUCCUCAAUCCUCAUGGAUAAUCAUCAACCAACAACAACAACACCCGAUUACCAGCUCCCAGGGUUCCGAUUCCAUCCCACAGAAGAAGAGCUUCUCGAUUUUUACCUCAGAAAGAUGGUUUUUGGGAAAAAUCUCCAUUUCGACAUUAUCGGUUUCCUCAACAUAUACCAUUACGAUCCUUGGGAUUUGCCAGGAUUAGCUAAGAUUGGAGAAAGGGAGUGGUACUUCUUUGUGCCCAGAGACAAAAAGCCUGGAAAUGGGGGAAGGCCUCACCGCACCACGGAGCACGGAUUUUGGAAGGCCACCGGUUCCGACCGUCCCAUACGCAGUCUGUCGGACCCCAAGAGGAUCAUUGGGCUCAAGAAGACUCUCGUCUUUUACAUGGGAAGAGCGCCACGUGGGUCCAAGACCGAUUGGGUCAUGAACGAGUACCGCAUGCCUGAAGCCUCCACCCUACCUAAGGAAAACAUAGUGCUUUGCAAAAUCUAUCGGAAGGCCACGUCGUUGAAGGUGCUGGAGCAAAGAGCGGCAAUGGAAGAAGAUAGCAAGCCAUCUAUCUUGGUUUCUCCUUCUCCUUGUGCAGCAAUGGAGGAGGAUUUCACAUUGCACGAGUCUCAAGAGAACCUCUCACCCGCAUCAACACUACCCGUAAUGCAACACAUACUUGUCAAGAUUGGAGGAGAAGAAGAGCAUCAGAAAAAACAUGACAAAGAAGAAGUGUACAGCAAGGAAAAUGCUUCUUCUACCUUGCCUCGAGAAGGCCUCAGAUUGGCAAGGGAACUGCCAGAGCUACAACUGCCUAGGCCCAGUACCUUGCUGGAUUGGACACAGGACCCACUCUGGACCCAACUACGUAGCCCUUGGCUAGACAACUGGAUUCCUUACGCCAACGUACUCAACUUCUGAAAUAGGAUAGUUACUACUUGUAGACAUCAUAUAUAUGAUCUGCUGCUCAGACUGUAAUCUGUAGAUAUUUCCCACUUCCGUCUUUUAAUUUAUUACUAUUGCGUGUAGUAAGGCCCUCAAGCCUACUUGUUUGGUAAGUUGAGAUUGAGGGUUUCUUUCACACAAUUUGUGUCUU